AUGGCGUCACACGGCAAGGAUGUAUAUGGCCACGUCGAACCGUUUCCCUCGCUUGUGCCGUACGAGCAGUACCAGGAAACCAUACUUGUCUACCGGAUCGACACCAAUCAUGAGGUCUACAUGGCCCUGCUUCAGGAGUUCACCGACCGCUUUGCACGGAGCGAACAACCGGAGCGCAGAGAGGCUUGGACUUGGUGUGUGCAAUGGGAGGUGGAAAAGCCCACCGACGACGCGCCGCACACACCCGCGGCCAAGAAACAGCGACUGGACGCUCACUCCGAUGUGGCGCAAAACAACGGGUUUGCGCAGCGGAAGCCCGUGUACACCAAAAUCGAGCGCCGUUUACUUCAUCCAGAACUGUUCCAGGAGGAAGACAUGCUGCGCAUCCUCAUCGACAUCGUGCAGGUUGACAGCAAGCUUGUACCUAACUACAUCGAGUUCCUCUAUCAGUGGGUCGACUACUACGAAGGUGGUGGAAGAGCGCUGAAAGCUGCGCUGCGCAUGGAGAUUCCGAGCUUGUGGCUAUUCGAGUAUCAUCCGCUUCCGCUGUACGACAGUUCUGGCAAGGACAAAGACAGAGAGUCGGACUCUAGCGUAGACGGCGAGGAGAUCAUUGAAAGCGUUGACGACUUCAGAAAGACUACUAGAGAGAUGGGCGAGAGACUCAAAAGACCCAAGAAGCCACUUGCCUUGGAAGAAAUGGAACGAAUGACUGAACAGAGCGAACGCCUCGAGUAUCGCGAGGUCAAGUUCGGGAUACAGCGACCGAUUGAUCCGGACGAGGAGCCCCUUCCUCCGCUCAUCAAUGUGCCUCACGAUGCGAAUAAGCGCAAGAAGUAUUACGCGGCCUGCUUCAAGAAUCGACAGCGUGCGUUCUGGCUGUUGCAGGAGGCGGGCAUCACGACGAGACAAAUCGCGAAUUACAAAAGGCUGCAGGAAAUGGGCGCAAUGGACACCCCAGAAGACAUCAACGGAGACGGUUGGCUCAAUUACUACAAAGAGGAGCCGUACGCCCAUGCGGAGUUCCUGGACAUGCAGCGCACGAAAGAGUUGCAGGAGAAGCAACGCGAAAUCACCAUGAGUAACCGGCUGGCAGAGGAGGCAAGGCUUGCUGCAACGACCAAUGCAGAAAAUCCGUGCUCUCUCCUUCCACCAGCUCUCAUACCCCCAACGCCAGGUCUGCCGCCACCCUUGACGACCGGUCGCCCCGAUAGGGUAGCUGAGUGGCUGAGCAAGGUGAAGAGCAUGUCCAGGGACCGUGAUCCUCCCGUCAAAUCUGUCCCUGCGCCACUGUUUGGCAGAAUGAAGUCUGAGAUCUUCAAGCACGCUGUUGCAGCUGGCCCGCCGCCACCAUGCAUUCGUUGGAAUGGUGAUGUUGAUACGUCUGAUGACGACGACAGCGAUGACGAAGAGUAUAGCAACCCGGACGAUAUCGAUCCAGACGAGCGCGAGGAUGCUCCAGAUGCAGACCCUGCGGGCCUACCACGACCACCUCCAGGGUAUCCCACCCUAAUUGCUUACUUGCUGACUCUCACUCCCGUCGAGUUGGCUAAUUUCAUGCCACACUUCAGCGUAGAAGCGCAAGCACAAGUUCGUGAGCACUAUCCGGGACUGUUCAGACAGAAUCCAGUACCUCAAGGAUCCACAGUGGCUAGUGGUAUGCAGGCAGUAGUUGCUGGGCCUGUCAAUGCAGCGACCCAAGGGAUCGUCUCAAUAUCAUUGAAUCACACAAACGGCAGUCCGGUUCCUCCCCCUCAGACCUCACUGCCACCGCAACAGUUCCAGACGCAGGUGCAACCAACUCAACCUUCUUUGCCUCUGCAUGGUAACCCUACUCCACCACCGAUAAACCACCAUGUACCCGGGCACAGUCGGCCUCCUUCACCACCUCCAAUGGAAGCUGCACGCGCUGCUGCUGCCCAGAUGCAGGCACAUGGAACUCCUUACACUGGGUCCUGGUUUCCGAACCUGAUUAAUCAGGGUACGGGAAUCCCGCAGUCGCAACCGCAGCAUAUCGGUUCAGCACACUUACACUACGUCCAGCAACCCGUUCUGCAGAGACAGCUUACGCAAGCUGGUACCACGGGCCUUGUAGGAAAUCCUGUCGCUCAGAAUCUGCAACCGGGGGGCGCACCAUACUAUAGCCUGCCGCAGAGCCCUGCAAUGUUUGGCAUAAACACCACCCCAGCGAUUACCGUAACCCAGCCGGCGCCUCAAAGUUCGAUCGAGGGCCACGACGUUCUCCGAGGAGUGACACCCGCGUUGCAAGCGCUUCUCCAAUCUAGCCGGAACAGUGCUCCAACGACCAUUGCUGCACAAGGUCAGGGUCUAUCAGACGAGGGCCAAAAGAUUCAGAGUCAAGAACAGUCAGAUUCGACUGCGAAUGGGUACUCCUACUCCUCCUCCGCGCAGAUGCUACAAGCCUCAAACCGCGCCGCUCCACCUCCAAGUCUACACCUUCGGCCAACGCACCCCAACAACCUUUACCUUGGCCCCCUCAACCGCAACGCCGACUUACCUUCCCUCAUGACGCCUCUCGCCAACCUCGCCAACAACCUUAGCCUCAACCUCCCCUCCUCCCUCCCAGGACCUUUCCAGCCCCAACCCCAACCCCAACCCGGCGGCCAAAUCGAUCCCGUCGCCGCCACGCGCCGCGAAGAACUCUCCCCCCACGGCCUCCCCAUCCAAAUUUAUCUCCCGCGUGUCGUCAUCCCUUACGCCGCCAAUCUCGCCGGCGCCACCGACUGCCUGGUGCUGGGCUACACAUGCGUCGGCACGGGCGUGCUCACGCUCUCCAAGGCGAUUUUCUUCCCCACGUCGAUACGCACGAACCUGCAGCGCCGCCUGCAGCGCCAGCACGCCGUCGUGCUGGAGAGCUACCAACCGCCGGCGAACCAUCCACGGUUUAGCGCUGGGAAGGGCGUGCUGAGGAAUCCGGAUGAGGUAAAGGGCCCGCAUAGGUUCGUGCACGACAAGUUGAUGCAGGUUUUUGGGAUGAUGACGGGCUGUGGGAAUAGAGAAGAGGAGCUGACGAAGCGGUGGCGGAGCACGCCGGGGCCGAUGACGGCGAGGUGCAGGGGCAGCGUGUGGGAGGGCUGGGCGGUGGGUGUGGAUAAGCCGGUCGAGAUGGGGUACGAGGAGCGGCAUGGCGAGGGCGUUGUGGUCAGCAAGAGUCUGGACGGGAGGAGGGGGUUUGGACUUAGUGAGCAGGAGUGGGCGUAUAGGGAGAGGCGGAGGAGGGAGGUGGAGGAGAUGAUCAGGGAGGAUGAGGAGAAUGGUGGAGCGGUAUCGGAAACUACGAGCCAUGGUUUCGAGAGCGUUGAGCAGAGGGAGAUGAGAAUGAGUUGGGCAGUGUGCUCGCGGUUUGUGGCGAAAUGGCAUUUGAGGGCUCUCCGUAAAGGGACCUGUAUACAUGCAAAAUACGCCUCUGCCUGUCUCUCCCGUAGCCCAGAUGCUGAAGGUACCUUCUCCGUCGCGUCCUGCAUCUCUAUCGUCCUAGCCGUCACCAUCGCCAUGGCCGGCAUCGCGCGCGAGGCACCUCGCGUCGAUGAUGUCCUUUUUCGCUGGGGAGCUGGGGUCGGCGAGUCUGCCGGCGAGGAAGGUUGCGUUUGGGAUUGCGCGCGUGAUUACAACCCACGUUUGGUGCAAGUAUGUUUAUCUAAGGGUCUGUGGGCUUCCACCUGUUUUGGUGCUCUGGCCGUCUAGG